GUUCCGCUGGUUGGCAAAACAAAUUCAACCAGUUUUGAAAUUUUAUAGAGCGUGGAUAGAUUGUAAACAAACUAAAUAUAGCCAUGCCGAUCAGCAGUUGCACGCCUGGUUGCACAAAUCGUUUUGUGAAAGGCUCAGGCAUUCGUUUCUUUCGAUUUCCACAAGGAGAGAGAAAAUUAAGAUGGCAAAUAGCGAUGAAACGGAUGGAUAUAACGGACCCGAAGAAAUUCUGGCAACCUUCGGCUCACGAUCGUUUAUGCAGUCAACAUUUCGUAUCGGGUUCACCAUCCUUGGAUUCAAGUCACCCAGAUUAUGCACCUAGCAGGUUCAUUUUCACACCAACUCCAAAAGUUAUGGAGACACCAGCUCGGUUGAACAGAUAUGAACGUUCAUUGAAAAGAAGGAAACUUGAUACAUGCUUUGAUGAUAAGGAGAAUUUACCACCGGUUAUGACAGCUGAAGAGGCAGCCGAAGUCCUAUUAACUCUAAAAAAGCCUAUGACUGUUGAAACAGGAACAGACCCAGAGCCAGAUGCAUUACAAAAAGAUUAUGAUAUCCUUAAGGAAGAUUACUCUAAGCUUAGCACUGAAUACCAGAGACUGCAGAGGGAAAAUAGGGAGCUUAAGUCAAGGAUUGAAGAACAGAAAUUUACAUUUAAAAACGUUAAAAAUUCAGAAAUCAGCAUGCUAACUGGACUCCCUUCAAUGACACUGUUCAUGUUUGUUCUAGACCUUGUUAAAAAUAACUUUAAACCAAUAGGAAAAUUAAAUGUUGGUGACAUGCUUCUCUUGGUCCUUAUGAAACUAAGACUUAAUCUUACUAAUUCAUACCUAGCAAAGAUAUUCCAAAUAGGACCAACACAAGUUUCAAAGAUUUUGACACAAUCUCUUCCAGUACUAGCUAAAAAGCUUAAGCCACUUAUCAUAUGGCCAUCUAAGGACAGAAUUAUAAAAAACAUGCCAAAGAGUUUCAGAAAGAACUACCGUAAGUGCAGAGUAAUAAUUGACUGUACCGAGAUAUUCAUACAGCGACCCACUAACCUCAAAGCUCGAGCAAAGACAUGGAGUAGUUAUAAGCACCAUAAUACAAUGAAAGUACUUAUAGGCAUCACACCAUACGGGGCAGUCAGUUUUCUGUCAAAGUGCUGGGGUGGGAGAGUUUCAGAUAAAGUCAUCACAAAUGAAUCAAAGUUCUAUGAAAAACUUGACCAUGGUGACCUUGUUUUGGCAGAUCGUGGAUUUUUAAUUCAGGAUGAACUAGCAGCAUAUGGGGCACAGUUGGCCAUUCCACCAUUUAGUAAAGGGAAAAAACAAUUUUCACAAAAAGAGGUUGAAAACUCCAGAAGGCUUUCACGUUCAAGAAUCCAUGUUGAGCGAGCUAUAGAGCGUGUGAAAAGGUUUCAAAUUCUUAAAAAUGUAAUGCCAAUUACGUUAUUGCCACAUGCCGAUUCAAUUGUUACCAUAUGCUCGGCUUUGACUAAUCUGCUGCCAAAAUUAGUGAAGUGAUAAGAGGACUUUUUCUAUGGAAGUGAAAAUGUAAUGUUGUGAUCUAGAAUUGCUUAAUAGAUCUACAUGAACUAUUUAUAUGGUUUCGGUAUUUAAAAGUGACAUGUUCAUAAAAGCUGAGGAUCUUUCAGUUGAUCAUAUAAUUCAUAUCACGGAUAUAUUUCCAGUUAUUUUAUGAAGCACAAGUUUUUAACUAUUCCACCGAGACAGGGAAAUGAAGUAAAAGCAUAAAUGUCCUCUAGAAAUUCAAUGUAAUGUCAUUAAUUUCUUUAAAAAAUAAUGUGUUUGUAUUUAUUCUUUGUAAUGUCUGUAAUUUGUAAUGUUAUAAAUGUGUUCGUUAAUAUUUAUUCUAUGUAUUGUUGGUCAUUUGUUGAACAUGUUUUUAAGUCCCCUACCGGUUUACCGGAGGGGACUUUAGGUUUACCCUCCGUCCAACUGUCCGUCUGUCUGUCUGUCAGUCCGUCAGUCCGUCCGUCCACAAAACUGGAUCCCGCAAUAACUUGAAAAGUACUGAAAAUAUUUUUAUGAAACUUGAUGUAUGGAUAGAUGGCAGUAUGGAGAUUAUGCACGUUUUUUUUCUUUUCUUCCUAUGUUGAAAAUUCUGGUUGCUAUGGCAACAAAUAGGCUGAAAAUAUGGCAUAUUUUACACAUAAACUGGAUCCAGUGAUAACGCAAAAAGUACUGGAAAUAUUUUUAUGAAACUUGCAAUAUGGGUAGAUGGCAGUCUGGAG